GGUUGCCGUGGCGACGCGAGCGGCCGAGCCCCCGGGCGGCUCCCGGGGAGACCCCCCGCGCCGGGCGGGCCCGGGCGGCGGCCAUGCCAGUGCGUGCGGCCGGUGCUGAGUCAGGAACAGGCAUCCCCAAAUCCCCCUCCGACACCAUGGAGGAGCUGGAACACACCUGCCCGCAGCCUCGCCUGACUCUGACAGCACCUGCUCCAUUUGCAGAUGAAACAAGCUGUCAGUGCCAAGCCCCCCAUGAGAAGUUAACCAUUGCACAAGCCCGCCUAGGAACACCAGCUGACAGACCUGUCAGAGUGUAUGCAGAUGGGAUAUUUGACCUCUUCCACGCCGGCCAUGCUAGAGCUCUUAUGCAAGCCAAAACUCUAUUCCCAAAUAGCUACUUAUUAGUAGGAGUUUGCAGUGAUGAUUUAACUCAUAAAUUCAAAGGCUUCACUGUGAUGAAUGAAACGGAGCGAUAUGAAGCCCUCAGACACUGUCGUUAUGUGGAUGAGGUCAUCAGAGAUGCACCGUGGACACUGACACCUGAAUUUCUUGAAAAACAUAAGAUUGACUUCGUAGCACAUGAUGACAUCCCGUACUCUUCCGCUGGAUCGGAUGAUGUAUACAAGCACAUAAAGGAGGCAGGAAUGUUUGUACCCACGCAGAGAACUGAAGGUAUCUCCACAUCAGAUAUCAUCACACGGAUUGUCCGCGACUACGACGUGUAYGCCCGGCGCAACCUCCAGCGAGGAUACACCGCCAAAGAGCUGAAUGUCAGCUUUAUAAAUGAAAAGAAAUACCGCUUUCAAAACCAAGUGGACAAAAUGAAAGAAAAAGUCAAGAAUGUGGAGGAAAAGUCAAAAGAAUUUGUUUACAAGGUGGAAGAGAAGAGUCAUGACCUCAUUCAGAAAUGGGAAGAAAAGUCCAGAGAAUUUAUUGGCAACUUUUUAGAGCUGUUUGGACCUGAUGGAGCUUGGAAGCAGAUGUUCCAGGAACGAAGUGGCCGAAUGCUSCAGGCUUUUUCUCCCCGGCAGAGCCCAAACAGCAGUCCUACGCGAGGCCGCUCGCCAUCCCGUUCUCCAUCUCCACCCUGGGUCAUCAAUAAGACCUCCCCUCCCUCUUCUCCAAAAGCUGCCUCUGCCUCCCUCAGCAGCAUGAGCGAGGGAGAUGAGGAUGAAAAAUAAAAUAUAUAUUUUUUUAACCAUGAGACAGAAGAACAAGCUMUGAACUCAACCACUGGAUGGGGAGAAGCGUGAGGAACACCAGGGGUAUCUCUGACAGCAGGGAUCGUGCUCUGGGAGAAGUCRAAAAUGAACUGGAGCACAGCAAGGGAGAUCUCAGGAAGAGCUUAUCCCAUCCCAACUCCCUCACGGUGCUGGAGGCCCAGCCCCGGGGACUGACAGAAAAAAACAUCCACCUGCAAGUUCGUGCCCCUGUCUCGCUGCUUUCCAGCUCCUGCUCGGGACCCAGCACCCAGGGAAGCUGCAGCCUGCAGAGGGAGAAGAUGCAUUUGGACCCUGCUGACCUUGAGUGCUUCUGGCACCUGAAGGAAAGGCAUUGCUACACCAUAAGAAACAGGGAAUAAAGUUGUUGUUUCCUUCCUUUUGAAUAACAUCUGUCUCAGAGUGCAAACCAUGCACUGAAAUGAAGAGCUYUCCAGGCAAGUUGGUGGAAAUGCAUUUAAUAUAUUCAGUGCUGCUUGUUGACCAAGCCUUGUGUUGGGUGUAUGUAAAGAGUUGGGCUUUUUGCUUUAUCAAAUCGCUCUCCUUGUUCCUAGUGCCUGAACAGCUGCCUGAUCACUUCUGGUUUGCUCCCUGGCUUUGCACUUUGAAGGCAAGAAAGCAAAUGAAAACUGUAGCUGGAAUGUGGUGAUGYAGGAAAUAAGACAGUUUGAAGAUGCUUUUUUACUGAUGAAUUCUAAAAAACACACCUGGGAUCCCAAGGCCUUGGGAUGUGGCCUCCUAGGAAAAGCUGCUGCUGCCAGCUGUGKAUCAAUGACAAGCACACAGUGCUGUUGUCACAUGGGACUCAGCCAGUUAAACUCAGCAGACUCUAAACAAGGUGUGUUCAGAGACACUGCCCCUGCAGAGGAUCCUGAGGCUAUUCCUCUAUGCUGAUACAGAGGGAAAACAUGGAAAAAACCAAAGGAAACUUUUUUGAACAGGAUUAGGCACAAUUUUUUUCUGCAUCCAUGACACCCAUACAGCCYCAAGCAGAAAUGCAGAGGGUAGCAUGGGUGAAGCUCUCCCCUCAAUGCUGCCUCUGUUUCACAGGYAACCUGCUGGGCACAGCCUCGGGCAGCCCAGGAAUGGGGCUGCAGCCACAAAAUCAUUCUGUGCCACUGCUCUUGGAAUUGCAAACCCACCAGGACACUCCAGCUGCUGUGGGCAGUGCCAGGCAGCACAGGAAACACUGGGGGAGGGAGGGCUCCACAGCACUCUUGGGGAAAAAAACUAGGGGACCAAGGUAUCUGAGCAUGUGGGAUGGUUGUACUUGCUGGCAGCAGUGCCCCACCAGCUGCUGUCCUUACCUUGCUGGGUGACCUGGUUGGUUCUAAACUCCUUUCCAGAUCCUCUUCUC